UUUCAGUAGUUCAAGUUCAAUGGGUAUUAUGUUUGGUGUUUCACGUAAUUCAAGGGGUUUUCCAUCUACAAGUCUGAUGAAUAACACAAUGAGUUCGGCAUUUUCUUCUAAUCCUGAAUCAAACCACUACUACAGUUACAGCAGAACAAAUGCUUUAGACCUGUCCGAGUUUCCAUCUUUGACCAACAGAGGUUCUCAGGAAACCAGUACCUCCAGUUUAGCCUCAAGUCUCAUGUCAGGUAGACCUCCUUAUGUUGGAAUGGUAAAACAACCGCCCAAUGAAUCUAGUGAGUUUCACAUACAUAAUGAAGAUUUUCCUGCUCUGCCUGGUUCUCAGAGUCAAGAAAAUAGUCAAGAUAAUUCAACUAAGGUGCCUUCAGGUAAUGGAACGGAUAAUUCAAAAGAUGGGCGGUUUCCUGGUGAUAAACCCUUAUCUUCACAAAAACGUGGUAUUCAAACAUCAAAAGAUGGUCGAGUAACCAAUAUACCACCUGGUAUGGUAAUGGAUCAAUUUGGGAUGGUUGGGCUAUUGACAUUUAUCCGGGCAGCAGAGUCAGACAACAGUUUAGUAUCCCUAGCUCUUGGUAGUGAUCUCACCACACUGGGCCUGAACCUCAAUUCUCCUGAAAAACUUUACUCCAACUUUGGUGGGCCCUGGGCAGAACAACCAUGUAGGCCACAAGACAUUGAUUAUCAUGUCCCUUCUGAGUACUUGAUCAAUCAGAACAUUCGAGAUAAACUAGCUUCUAUCAAACUAAAUCGAUAUGGGGAAGACCUCUUGUUUUUUUUGUUCUACAUGUUUAGUGGAGACAUUCUACAAUUGUCAGCAGCAGCAGAAUUAUACAGCAGGGAAUGGAGGUUUCACAAAGAUGAGAGGGUGUGGAUCACACGAGCUCCAGGCAUGGUACCAGCAGAGAAAACAGGCACUUAUGAACGAGGAACAUACUAUUUUUUUGAUGCCGCAAACUGGAGGAAGGUAGCUAAAGAGUUUCACUUGGAAUAUGAUAGGCUAGAAGAACGGCCUCACAUUCCACAAGCGUUCCCUUACAAUCUUUUCCAGACAAUGAUGUCAUAGUACACUUUUGGACCAUUUAUUAUGGUCUCCUUUAUAGUGUAAUAUAGUAGAAAGUUAUUGAACUGUAAAAGAAGUCCUAGCACAAACACUUAACAUGAAAGUUCUUAUAAUGCUUGGAAACUGUUUUGCUACUAGGCACUUUUUUUAAAGAACAUUUUAAAAGUAACAGUCAUAAUGGUCUUAUGAUCAUUGUGUCAAUUACAUCAAACCUUUAACUUCAUCUUGUACAUUUGUAUUAUUCUUUACUGUUUUCAAGAUAGUAGUGUAAUAAAUCAGAAAGGAUAAUAGUGAAAUAGUAUUAAAAAAAUCAUAUCUUAAUCUAUUGUGUUAGUGUGUUUUUGCCAGCAUUAAUAAUUGCAAUUAAUUGUUUGUGAAGUACAGGAUUUAAGGAGAAAGAUCAAGGAUUCAUCCACACAUACAACAGUUUUUGCUUUGUGGAUGUUUUGCAUAGGCAUGUCAGUGAAUAGCAGUAACCUGAGACUGUUUGUGUGAUCUUUCAAAACUUCUGAAGGAGUCUUAGAACAACUAUACAUUAUAAAAUAUAUUCUGUAUGAAAUUUCAAGAGUACUUUGUGCUGAUGACUGAUUAAGUGAUGAUAAAACCACUUUUGAAGCACAAGUAGUUUAUUAGAUAAAGCCAAAAAUAUACACUGUUAAAAUUUAUACAUGUUAAUGACAUAAAAUGCCCAACUAGUUUUGUCACAUCAAGUAUGUCAUUAUCCAGGGCAACAUUAAUACAGUCACAACUAUUGUGAUAACAUAUUUAUACUGCAAACUUCAUUAUCUCAUGGGCGCAUUAAAAAAAGUUCUACCCCAUUUCAUUGUUUAUAAGACUACUUCUAUUUUCAUAUAGUAUAAUUCAAUCUCUAUUAUUGCAUUGAUGAUAGUAUUUUUCUCUGGCAAUAAAAUAUUUUUCCAAUGUUCAUUUUAUGGUUAAUUUUAAACAGGUGUAUAAUUACGGCUAAUUUCCCUUCUCCUUCACAAUGACAGUGAUCUUCAUUUGUAUGCAGCUUCCACUGAGAUGCAGAGUGGAGUAUAUUGGUUUACCCCUGUUUAUCCAUCCUGAUCUUGUGGACAAUGAUGUCUAAAGAAUAAAUAGAUGAAUUUUGACCAAACUUAUAAAACUGGUAUUACAUACAAAGUUAUAGAUUUAAAUUUUUAAGGUUAUGGGUCAAAGGUCAAAAUAUCACUUGUUCAUAUACAUUCUGCCUCAGUAUUGUGGAAGUAUGUUCGAAAGCUGUAUAGAUGGAUUUUAAUCAAACUUGUACAACAGGUACUGUAUCAUCAAAUUAGAGGGAUUUAAUCGUGUAAUAUAAUGUUAAUGCAGACAUAGGUGUUUCAUAAACGUAACUUGCACUUGUUCAUUUUAAAAAACAACUUGUUGAUUAAAUUAGCUUCAAAUCCUCUGGUUACAGCAUUAUUUUUCAAAUAAUUGCACCUUAUAUACCUUUUUGGUCUAAACAGACAUUCUCAACCUAUGCCGAUUUGAUGUUUUAUAAACACCAAUCUUCUGAGAAAAAGUGUGGUUCAACCGUUUUUGAAGAAAUAAACAUGCACUAUUUGGUUUGCUUUACAUUUCUGCCUGUAGAGUACCAUCUGGAUUAUGUGUAAUCAACACAUCCAAAAAUGAGUCUUAUGUUUUUCACUUUCAAAGGAAAACUGUAUGUCAGGAUUAAUCAAGUUUAGGGGAUCAUGGAAUUACUUCAGCCAGUUUGUAUUGGGUAUUACUGUGAAAGUGUCACCAACAUGAAAAUCUGGUUUUUUGUCUAAUUUGGCAAAUAACUUUUCUUCAAAAUCAUCCAUACAAAUAUCACAUAGGAGAGGGAAAAGACCAGGCUAAGUCUUUGAUUUUCUUGAAAAAAAAAUUGUCACUAAAUUUGAAGUAGGAAUUACACAAUUUCCUCAAUUUUUAAUUUAUUUUUCAUCCUGGUGAGUAAACACUUCGUGUUAUUUUCUAACAAGAUAUUUAAAAUCCCAUCUUGAAUAAACUAUAAUAAAAAAUAAAUAAAUUGUGCUCUGCACUAUGGGGUUAUGGAUGUAUAAUAAAAGCAACAGUCAAAUUCCACCACUCAGUUAGAUUAGCCUGUGAGUUAGUGAUAAGUAGUGUUGAUUUGCUACCUUCUCUUUAGAUCACUUCAGUAUUAUGGAUGACUAGUGCAGAUAGCUCUUGAAUAGGUUUGCACAAAAUUCAAUAAACAAAUAAUAGAUCUGAUAGUUAAUUCUUCUUUAAGUAACUUAGGUAGACAAUAAAAUCUUGGUGGGAUAACAUUGGAAGGUAGAAUAUUUUGUUUUUCUUUACUUGACAAAUAUUUAAUCUUCAUUUCAACUUUAAUCUGUUCCAUAGUUUUUCCUGUGGGGUCACAUUUUAUAUAAGAACCAUAUAAUAAUAACUUAUCAGCUGCUUCGUUAUAUAUUUUUAUUUAUAAUAUCAGUUUUUUCCUCCUUUAUCCAGCUUUGUUAUAAUAACAUCUUUGUUAACUUGUAUAUAUGUAUAGUACCUCAUAUUUAUGUUUAUAGAAUUGUAUUUUAAAAUGUUAAGCACUUGAAUUCUAAGUUAUUGACUUUGUAAUGAAAUGUACAUCACAAAUACUAGCUCCUGAUUCAGGAACUGUUUUUUUUUUAGGAUUCACUUUUCCUUGAGUGGUUAGGGUGCUUAACUCACAGUCUGUGGGUUGCAGGUCAAAUCUCCAUCCCACCAAACAUGCUUGCCCUUUCAGCCAUAAGGCAUUACAAUGUGAUGGUCAGUCCCACUGUUCAUUGGUAAAAGAUUAGCCCAAGAGUUGGUGGUGUUGACUAGCUGCCUUUCCUCUGGUCUUUUAAUGCUAAAUUAGAGACGGCUAGUGCAGAUAGCCCUGGUGCAGCUUUGCACAAAAUUCAAAUCAAACCAAACUUUGAGUGUUACCCUUGAUAAUGACAAACUUGAUGUGUCUAAACUAGUUUAGUAUAGUUAGUUUAUAUUAAUAUUAACAAUAUCUGGUUAAUUUAUGGUAUUAUCCAUUAAACUAGUUGUGCUGUUUUAUUAAAAAUAUAUUCUACCAUAUAUCAGUACAAACACAUACAAAGAAAAUACUGCACUGCCCCUAAAUGCCAAAACAUGCUACUGUUAUUUCACUCUUAUUUUCAUGGCUUUAUGUAUAAAAUCAUUGCAUACUAAUUCUUUGUUUUUAAGUAAUUAUUUUUAAAAGUCCCAUUUGGAACUUGAAUGAGAUUUUAAAGAACAAAUGUACAAUAUUAUCCCCAAAAGACUCAGAGAAUGAAUAUACUGCCAUAAUUAUAAGUUUCCAAUAUUACUUAGCUAGUUAAACCACUACAGUAUAUGAGAAUAAUAAUAAAUAAAAACUCGUUUCUCUGCU